AUGGACGUCGACAAGGUUGUUGGCGACAUCCAAGACUGUGUUAACGAUACCAACAGCCCUGCAGCGCUGCCCGCUUCCGCCAAAGAGAGUCUGACCUCCGCAGAAUUGCCAAUGAGCGAUACUGAGAGCAUGUCGCAUGACUUGCACCCUGAUAACACCGUUCGCAGUAGAAGUAGUAGCCACCAGGACCAGGACUCGGCAGAAGCUCUCGGCGCAGAGUCGUUGCCGGCACGAACAGGAAAAAGCGUGGUUGAAGCAUGUGCAACGUCAGAGGAGAGAAAUAGUACACUUGUAGCAAAGGGCCAACAGCCAGCAAGGGUAGCAGCGGAGACGGGGAUGCCAUCGAAAACAGAGGCGGCAGCAGCAGCAGGAGAGGCACAGGCAGAGCAGCAGCCAGCAGCGGUAGCGGUGGGAAAAGCUACGCCAGCAGCAGAGGUAGAGCCGCCAGGAAAGGUGCAGGUUACAGCAGGUGGGGCAGAGCAAGCCGGUUCAGAGGGCGAGGACGACGACGACGACUUUGACUGGGGUGCCGCCAAGCACAUCUUCGUCCUGAGCAACGCCGGCAAGCCGGUUUUCUCCCUCUCCGGUGAUGAACAGCGCCUGUCCACCCUCAUGAGCUUCAUCCAGGGGAUGCUCUCGCUCUGCGCCGAUUGCGAUAGCGGAGACGAAAUGGAGUCCAUAUCGGCCGGCAGCCGGCGGUUCGUGUUUUUGAAGAGAGGAAAUUUGGUGCUUGUAGGCGUCUCGUCGUCUUUGGUGGAGACAGCCAGCGGCGACGAGGGUGGGGAGGGUGGAGAAGGAACAGGGAAAGAGGAGGACGAGGCGCCGGCGCCGGCGGCGCCGGUGGCGCCAGAGUGUGAAAGUUUCAUGAGGCUACAGCUGGAGUACUUGUACGCGAGCAUUCUCUUCCUUCUCACGUCAAAGGUGUGUACCACGGCAGCUGUACCGAACUUGGCCAGAGAAGAGGUGACCGCGCAGAGCAGGAGAAUGAAAACACAUUCCUCGUAUCUGCAAGUGUCGGCUGUCGGCCACAUGAGUAGGUUUCUGCAAAACGUUCCUGUCCGCGUACCAAAUGCGCCUGCCGCGAGCGAGCUGUCAGGUUACGACCUUCGCGGCCUCCUGGGCGGGGCAGAUACCUCCUUAAGAGGCAUAAUCGAGCUCGCCGAGCCCUCGCGCGGGCGGGGGCGCAUGCUGGCGGGCGGCGUGGAGACGGUGUGGAUGGACCCGGCGAUACGCUCGAGGGUAGCGAGGAACCUCCAGGCCGCGCAGACCGCGAACGCUCCGAGCGGCGCCCUGUACGCGGUAUGGCUGUGCGGGGAGAAGCUGGUGGCGCUGGCGCAGCCCAGGGCACCGUCUCACCACCUGAGCUCGCGGGACCUGCUCCUCUUGGUGAACUACGUGGCGACGCAGCCGGCGCUGCGGAACGCGGAGUCGUGGACCCCGGUUUGCUUCCCUCGCUUCCAGAAAACGGUGGGGGGCGCCACCGCCGGCACGGGUUCAAUCGCCAACGAAAACGAGGGCCGGCGUGGUGGCAGUGCUUCCGCCGAUGGCGGCACGCAGAGCAACGAUAGCGGCAGCCGCUCGAUCCAGCGGGACUCUGGAACAGAGUCGGGGGGGGCAGCAGGUGGCUCGUGCGUGAUCCUGGUGUCCGUGGAGUCUUCCUCGGAGCAGUUCCAGGCGUUUCGGCGCGCCCGGUCUGCUCUGGAGUCGCGCUUCCGCUCGGCGCUCGGGACACACUGGGAUCGCUACCUGGGCUCCGGGGCGGAGUUGGAGAGGGAGGGAGUCUUGACAAAGUUUUGCACCCAGAUGAAGGCCCUACACUUCCACUACUGCCUCCGGGGGAAGCAGGGCGGCGCUCCGUGUGUGACGCAGUGCCUCUCGUCGCCGUUCGUCGACCACGAGCUUGCGAGCAACCCCGCCGCGCAGCACAGGGUCUGGGGUUACUACACCCGCACGGCCCUGAGGCUGCGUCGGGGCAGCUGCCAGGAAGGGCGCGUGUUUUGUCUGAGAAGGUUCGAAGGGAACAACGGUUACUUCGGUGGCGGUGGUGGUGACGGGAUUGGGAGCGGUUCACCGGCCGAGGAGGGAAACGGGGCCAGCGAAGAGGAGCUGGCGACGGCGCUGUUUGAGUCGGACCCCGUGCACAGCCUGGCGUACGAGGUCGGAGACGAGCACACGGUCGUGUCCUUGUUCGGCAAGCGGGACGGAGGGGCCGGCGGGGGCGGUCGGUGGGUGUCGUCCUCCUCGGCAGGCGCCGGGAGGCUGGGAGGGGGGGACGAGCUGCACGCAUGCUUCCCGUCUUCGGUCUCCCCGGGCGACGCGUACAAGGCGGCCGUCCGCCUCACCGCCAUCGUCCGAAGAGACAGGGAGUGGCUGUUUCUUACGGGGACCGGAGCGGCAAAGUGAACAACAGACGGGCGCGUGGUGGUUCUUGUUGGUGGCGACUUGUGGCCGGACGGCGGUGGUUUUCAAGUUUUUGUUUGUUCAUGAGGGAGGAGGAUCGACGGGGGCGUGCGUCCGAGUGACGGUGGUCACAGUGAUGGUCAUGGGAUGGUAGGGAGGGGCGGGGCUCGAGCCGGCUCUGCAUACGGCGUCUGGUGGUGAAAGACGGAAUGGGAAAAAGCAGCCGUUUUUAGGGGAACCCGUGCGCGGCUCGUGGCACGGACGUGCCAAAGCCUCAAGGCCAGUUGGGAGAGGACACCACCAGUCUGACCAGACAAGUUGCGGAUGCACGAGUGUGCUAAACAACAGGCAAGGAAGCACUUGGUCCUCCGAGGUUGAGUGGGCAGAAGUGUUGGCGACGUCGAUUGGUCGGCAUGCCCAUGCGGGUGACAGUCGGUACUGUCGAGCGCAACAGUUCGAACAGACGAUGGAAGGUUUUCUGCAGGCUGGAACGAAGUGUGUGCAGUCACUCGCUCGCCUACAACCAAGCGGUGUCUUCGAGCAUCGACUGGAAACAGUGUGGUUCUGAGCUUUUCUCACUCUCCAUGGUGGUCUCUGUUGAAAUGUGACACUGUAUGAACGUGGAGAAAGACAGGGACGACGUGGAGGGGUGGCUUUGCUUCCCUCUGUUGACUCACCUACGCUGCUCAAAGGCAUUUUUGUCUCAAAUGUGGCGUUUGGAUCGGCGAUGGCUGGGUCUCGUCUCCAAGGGCUUGUGUCGUGAGGACGCGGACUUUCCGGGCUUCCGUGAGGCUGUGGUCCUUAAGUUCCGGUACAAUAUCGUGCAGUUACAAAUGUGUUGCACAUGGUGAGAGGCCUUGACCGCUUGUCGUCU